UAACGUUGCUUUCUCGUUUUUUUAAUGCGAUAAUUGUUGCAGAGAUGUAAUUCCACACUUCAAAUUCACUAUUUAUCACUUGGACAAACGCUUCGUUAGCUAGAUCCAACCUGCCUGCAUUCAUCCAAACCUGUGGAAGUUUAAAUCUCAGCGUUGCUCGUACGACUUCACGUCAACGUCGCAUUUAGUAUUUGGUGACAGUUGCUUUCUUCAGUGUCUCCUAUAAUAUGUUCCUCAUUUAAUAUUUCUGGCACUCUCGUGUGUACAGCGUACUGUCAAGAAAGCGUACAUGCACAACUGAACAUCUGACGACCCUUUAAAGUGAAGGGUAACGUUACGGGAAUUGUUCCGGUGUUGCAAUCAUCUGUUGGAGUUGUAAAAUAAAUCUGAAGAGGCAUGACAUUGAUGACGAGCAUGUGAGCACAUCGACUUCUAGGUGAAUGUUAAUCUCAAUUUAUCCGCCAAGAUGCCAGCUGUUUCAACAGGGGCGAAAGAGCUCUACCUGUCAACGUCUCUGGGUGAAUUGAACAAGAAAGCAGAAUUUAAGCCGGAGAAAGCCAGCACAAGACACUAUGUUCAGAGUGCCUGUAAGAUGUUCAAAGCUGCCGAGGAGUGUCGCCUUGACAGAGAUGAAGAAAAGGCCUAUGUUCUGUACAUGAGAUACCUGACAGUUUAUGAUGUCAUUAAGAAGAGACCCGACUUCAAACAGCAGCAGGAUUAUUACUUGUCAAUGCUUGGGCCAUCCAGCUUCAAAAAAGCCAUUGAGGAAGCAGAGAAGUUAUCAGAGAGUCUAAAACUCCGGUAUGAAGAAGUUGAAGUUCGUAAAAAACUUGAGGAGAGGGAGAAACAAGAAGAGAAACGACGCAAAGAGGAAAAGCAGGAAAAGGACGAGGGACGGUCUUUAUCAAAAGGGACAACUGACUCCCGCAAAGACAAUAAGAAGGUGAAAGGAGAACAGAAUGACUCAAAAAUUGUACCAUCAAAAGCUGCUGUGCCAGUGGGAGGGAUCACAGCGGAGAAACUCUUCCACAUGAUGAUGGACCACAGCCUCAGUGUCAUCGUUAUGGAUGCGAGAAGCCUCAGGGACUUCGAAGAGUCGCAAAUUCAAGUGCCGGCACAGAAGUGCAUCAGUGUCCCAGAGGAGGCCAUCUCCCCAGGGAUAACUGUAAACCAGAUCGAGGUGAAGCUUCCAGAGGCCUCAAAAGAGUUGUGGAAGCGUAGAGGUUUUGUGGAUUAUGUGGUUCUGCUAGACUGGUUCAGCUCUGCGGCAGACCUCAAGCUGGGGACCACACUGCAGAGUUUGAAAGAUGCCCUUUACAAGUGGGACAGCACCACCAUCCUCCGCAGUGAGCCCAUGGUGUUGGAGGGAGGCUAUGAGAACUGGCUGUUCUUCUACCCCAUGUACACCACCAAUGCUAAAGUUAAGCCCCCAAGACAGCAGGCCUCCAGUGCCAUCCCACAACUGAACUUCAGCUACCCCUCGCUGGAGGAGCCCAAGCCCCCGGCGGCCCCCGAGCCCCAGCAGCCAGUGCAGGUGAACGGGAGAGCAGCGGACGAGGCCCUCCCACUGGAGCCAGCAGCGCCAGAGCCCUCAACCGUGGCUCCCGCUGUCCCCGACGGACCUGUUCCUAAAGUGACCGAGACGACCAAGAAAGUUCCCCUGCCUCAGACUGGCGUAACAGUUAAACCGACCCCUCAGGUUGAUCGCAGUAAAAAGCCCUCUGUCAGAAUCUCGGAUGGCUCAAGACCCAACAACGAACCCCCAACUAAGGACUCUCAGCUGCCUCAGAAUGGCCCGUUUGUGCCGGACCGCUCAGUGAAGCCGGCCUUCGAGUCCGGCGGCCAGCUGUCGGAGGAGGAGCGCAUCCAGAUCCACGCCGAGGCGGCGGGUGUGAAGGACAAGGCCCGCUGGGAGCUUGAGCAGCGCAGGAGAGCCCAGGAGGAGGAGGAGGCACGCGAGGAGGAGGAGCGGCGGAGGAGGCAGGAGCAGGAGGAAGGGGAGAGGAAGACACCCGAGGAAGAGGAGGAGGAGGAGGAGGAGGAGAAGGGCCGACAGGAGCGCGGCCGGCUUGAGCGGCAGAGAGCCGAGGAGGACGAUCAGGUGGGACAGGAGAGGUUCAGACGAGGGCAGAGAACGCAGAAGGGAGAAGGGCAGCUGAAAAGUGUCUCGCUGGACUCGCCCAUGCCCAACAACGUGGUCAGUGAGAUCAAGGCACCACUGCAGCAUAGUAGUGCACUUGCGAACGGCAGCCGUAAGGCAAGGAUUUUAGACGGUAGCACAGCCGAGGGCUUUGACAAGCCAAAGCGGGAGCCCUUAACCAGAGCACGCAGUGAGGAGAUGGGACGCACUGUUCCAGGCCUGCCAGUCGGGUGGAUGAAGUUUCUGGACACAGUGACGGGUACGUACCGGUAUUACCACUCCCCGACCAACCGGGUGCACUUGUACCCCCCGGAGGUGAGCGUGCCCCAGACGCCCCCGGCCACGCCGAAGCAGAAGCCGGCCAAGCCCCCCGAGGCGGAGCGGGACCGCGAGCAGUCCAAACUCAAGCGCUCCUACUCAUCCCCUGACAUCACCCAGGACCUGCAGGAGGAAGGCCAGAAGAAGCCCACCCCAACACCCACCAUCAACAGAGAGACCAAGCCUAUAACUGCUAGCACAUAUGCGAAGGUUGAAAAUUCCAGACCGUCAGCAGCCAAGAUCCGUAGUCUGAACCCCACAUUUGGAGGUCUGGGACCAGCCCUGACCGGUCUGAGGAACCUGGGGAACACCUGCUACAUGAACUCAAUCCUACAGUGUCUGUGUAACACACCCAUCAUGGCUGACUACUUCAACAAGAACCGCUAUCAGGAUGACAUUAACCGAGCCAACAUCCUGGGUCACAAGGGCGAGGUAGCGGAGGAGUUUGGCGUGAUCAUGAAGGCUCUCUGGUCUGGCCAGUACAAGUGCAUCACUCCACGCGACUUCAAGGUCACCAUUGGCAAGAUCAACGAGCAGUUCUCUGGCUACGAGCAGCAGGACUCCCAGGAGCUGCUGCUCUUCCUCAUGGACGGCCUCCACGAGGACCUCAACAGAGCAGACAACCGCAAGCGCUACAAGGAGGAGGCCAACGACCACCUGGACGAUAUCAAGGCAGCCGAGCUAGCCUGGAGCAAGCACAAGCUUCUCAACUCCUCCAUCAUCGUGUCGCUCUUCCAGGGCCAGUUCAAGUCCACCGUCCAGUGCCUGACCUGCCACCGCAAGUCCCGCACCUUUGAGGCCUUCAUGUACCUCUCCCUGCCCCUGGCGUCCUCCAACAAGUGCUCUCUGCAGGAUUGCCUGAAGCUGUUCUCCAAGGAGGAGAGGCUGACUGACGCAAACAAAGUGUUCUGCAGACACUGUAAAGCCCAUAGAGAUUCUACUAAGAAGUUGGAGAUCUGGAAGGUUCCACCCAUCCUCCUGGUGCACUUGAAAAGGUUCUCAUAUGAGGGCAGAUGGAAGCAGAAGCUGCAGACCACAGUGGACUUUCCCCUCGAGAGUCUGGACCUGGCGCAGUACGUCAUCGGCCCCAAGCCCAGCCAGAAGGGAUACAACCUGUUUGGCGUGUCUAACCACUAUGGUGGGCUGGACGGCGGCCACUACACGGCCUACUGCAGGAACAACCCCAAACAGCGCUGGUGCAAGUUCGACGACCACGAGGUGUCGGAGAUGUCCACCUCCUCCAUCAGGUCCUCGGCCGCCUACAUCCUCUUCUACUCCUCCCUGUGAGCUGUGCUGGGCUGAAGGAGAGCUCUGGCACGUGGGCAUAGAAGGGAAGGACGGCUGAUUUUAAUGCAUGUUGGGAGCACAGCUCCUGUUGAGGAGUGGCGGGCGUCUUAGCCAGAGGAGUCGCCCUGCUUGGGGGUGUGUGGCCGGCCUGGAAGAGACUGGACGGACGUCGGCCUGCGUCGCAGUUCAUAGAGGAUCACCUACGUAGAUAUUGAGCAUUUACCUCUUUAAAACACAGUAACGGUAGUGGGACGGGGAGGUGGUGGAGGAGAGAGCUGGAGAGGACCCAGGCGGGUCUUAAGACCAGUCUUCAUAGCGCUUAGUCUGCCUGCGCAAGCUAAAGCUAACAGUGUUGCACGGGUCUUCGACUGCUCCUGAAACAUACAGCGCUCUAACUUGAUUCUGUUUGAGUAUGUGAUGACCUUUUUUUGCAUUUGCUUUCUUAAAGCUUCCCUAUUCUGUGAAUAUACCACCAUUGCGAUUUUAAAAACAGUAGAAUUACCUAUGUACAUACUGGUUGCAAACCUUGCACAUCAUGUACAUAUAACCAAGAAGUGUUUAUUUAUUUAUAAAGUGACCAAAUCUGUUAGAGAAGAUGCAGCCUCUCAAAGCCUAGCUGUUUGCUUUUAAAGCCAAGUCAGAACUCUGUCCCAUCACACUUUGUGUCAUAAGGGCAGCCUCGCAGAGGCAUUAGAAUCAAUCACAAAUUUAGGUACAAUUGUUUUUUUGUUUUUUUUGAUCUGUUGUACCAUUCCAUGACGCAUCCUUUUUUAAACACUGCCAUCAUACAAGGUUGUUUAGAUGCACUUUUCUUUCUUUCUAGAACCUGUAAUGUGAAACACAAUUAUAUAAGAAUAAUCUUGUAGCAAAAUGAUUUCGCUCAUCCAGAGGAAGAUUUAAACAUAUAAACAGCUGCUGCUCAGUCGCUCAGUCAUAGAGGGGUUUCUCAUGUCCUGCCAGCUGAUGCUGUGCCACACUCCUACCAUGAGGACACAUGACACCAGGGUUAACUCGGAGCACACUGACAAGGUCAUGACCCCCAGAGCCACCUGUGUGCCCUAUGUCCAUUUCAGACCAGUGUAACACCCAGGGGAACUCAGCCAGAGUUUGGAAGUGUGUGUUCCACAAUCAUGAGUACGCCCCCAGUGCUCACACCCUUUCCUGAGGAUCUAAAUCUGGAGCGUUCACUUAAAAAAUCUGAUGGUUUGCGUCAUAGCAUUUGGGCAAAGGAACGGUUGCUUUUUUGUGCUUUAGUAAACGCAGUGAAGUACUAACUGCCACAGUGGUCAACUUGUAUAAAUCUUUUGCAUAUAAAACAGUAAGCAUAGGAAGCAAAUUCAUCUUGUUCUAACGUCACAGUAAAAACAUUGAAACACAAAUAUUGGUUUCACUAAUUAGAGAGGAGAGUUUUCAUAUUGUGGAAGUACUACAAUGCUUUUUUCAAAUGGCACAGACCAUGCUCCUUGUGUGUGGGAGCGGCUGUAUUUCACAGGAGCUCUAACCUCAGUUUCUCCUGCAUAAACUGCACAGUUCCAGUCAGAGGCAGGCAUCAAACCAACUGCCAAUUGAAGAAGCAACACUCUAGAAUGAGCCUGGUUUGCAGAAGCUUGUGCACUGCGUGUGUUCAUUCGGUGUGCUGGGUCCCCUAAUCCAGCUGGACUCCAGCAGGCCCAGUCUUACCACACAAAUGAUCCUUUGGGACACAGGAAAUUCAGAUGGACUCCAGGCCUCCCGGUCAUUCAGCCUUAAACACUCUCAGCUCAGUAGUUUCAGUGGGUUAACCCAGCGGUAGUGGACACGUCCUGAGAUGAAGAUUAGCGUUCUGUGGAGUCUCAAGUCUCCCUCAGUGGCCAGUUCUGUGAGCAGGAAGCACAAAUUCUCUAAAUAGAAUCUGUUUGGUGAUUGAUAAAAGUUGAAGUAAAAUGAUAUGAAUCCCACAUAACUUUUAGCAUGAAGUCUGGCAUGAAUCAAAUUUAUGUUUUAUGUAUGGAUUUCAUUUUGUUUCUUGAAUAAUCUGGUUGACUUUUUUCCAUAACCAUUGACAUAUAUUAACCUCAAACAUUUAAAUAUUAUGUAUCUACUAAUCAAAUUGUUUAAAUAAAGGAGGUGAAACACAAA